AUGAAGGUUCCGUACACGAUUAAAUUCGCGGACGUGUCCAAGUCGUUUUACAUUCUUAACUACCUCGCGAACUCGGUGUGCAAGUUCCCGGCCGGGCCGACGAUUUUCCUGCCGACGAAUCAGGCGUGGAGCGACGCGCUCGAGGGGUACAAGAAGAGCCGCAGCAGCGGCGCGCUGUACGAAGCGCUCGACGCGGUCGCGAGCGAUCGGAUCAAGAACGCGAUUGUCUGGGCGGGGAGUAAGACCAUGAUAAACAGCACUGAGCUGUCGCGUCUCGCUGAUAAGGCGAAAUCGUGCAAAACGCUCACGACGCAUCCGAUCGGGGAGGCCGCGCGGACCGCGCUCUACAACCUGAUGUCGUUCCACACGGCGGCUUCUCGGGUUACGAUCUUGAAUCUGGAUAGCCAGUGUACCGCCACAGGCACGUCUUUCAAGACCGCGUUCAACAGCAACAACCUGAACUUCAAGUGCAACAGCACCGACACUGGUUUCAUCUCCGGUUCGGACCCCCUUGCAUCUGGCGCAACUGCUGGUACUCCGUCUGCUGUGGCAAUGAUCGACGAGCCGCAGAAGGAUUAUUUCUACGUCAACGCGGUUGUCUUCCCCAGCAACAUCUCCUCCCUGCCUGCUGCCGCUGCUACUGUCUCGCGUCUCUUCACUGCUCUGCUGGUCCUCGCCUCUGUUUUUGCCAGUGCCCUCUAG